AUGGAUAACAUUAAUUACGUAUUGAAGUGGAAUAAUAUUACAGUUGAACAAUCACCAAGAAAAUUCAUAUCCCAGUCUUCGAAGGUUAAAGGAUUUGAAGAAUUUUUUAAUUUAGCGCGAAAUACUAAAUAUCGACGUAAUUGUAUAGAUUGGAAGAUGACUUUUGAUAUAUUAUCAGGUUCCGAAGUACCUAACGAUACCACCUUCAAAUCAUCUGGUGUUAAGGCGGACUCAAAUUUCUCUUGCACUUAUGCUUCUAAUAAUAGGAUCUCUUAUUAUAAUAUAUCGUUUAUUGAUUAUAUUUGGAUACUUCAUCAACAACGUUUUUAUUUAACGUUUAUUGACUUUAUUAAAGGCUUCGUUCCUUUAUCGUUGGUACAAUUUUUAACAUCUCAAUCUUUUAAGGCUGGGGAUAUUUAUGACAUUGUUGCUGAAUUAAAUGGUUUCGUUUACGAAAUGUGA